AUGCGGGAGCGCGUGGCGGCGGAGGGCGGCGGCAUCCACAGCCGCGUGCGGGAGGGCGGUUCGAACUACAGCGUGGGGCAGCGGCAGCUGCUGUGCCUCGCGCGGGCGCUGCUGCGGCGGGGCAGCGGCUUCAUUUUGAUGGACGAGGCCACGGCGAACAUCGACCACGCCCUCGACCGGCAGAUCCAGCACACGGUGAUGACGGCCUUCAGCUCACGCACCGUCAUCACCAUCGCCCACCGCCUGCACACCGUGGCGGCGUACGACAAAAUCAUCGUCAUGGACCACGGCGUCGUCGCGGAGUCGGGCUCCCCGCGCGAACUUGUGUCGGACCCGUCGUCCAAGUUUUCGGGGCUUGUGGCGGCGCUGGGGAAGCAGGAGGCCGCGGCGUUCAUGGCGAGUGUGGGGGUUGAGACGGCCCCGUAA